AUGAUGUGUUGCGAGUACAUUUCUACAAUUCUUCAUAUUGCUGUCAGUAUUCUCAAAGGUUUAGUUAUUCUACCUCAAAUAGAAGUUUCCAGUAAUGAGAAUUCUGGCUGUGUCAAUUAUGCUAUCAAAAGAAUUAUAGACAACUUAUUGGAAGAAAUAAUAUACAUCAUGAAGA